AUGACUUCCAUAGUACUUGUUACUGGAGCUACCGGCCUCCUCGGACGCCAGGUCUUUAAUACCUUCCAGCACUCGGGGGUUCUCGUCGUCGGACAGGGAUACUCGCGUGCAGUCCCGCCAACAAUUCUCAAGGCGAACCUGGAGAAGUCGGAGGAUAUCAAGGCCCUCCUAGAUGAUGUCAAGCCCCACAUUGUGAUCCAUUGCGCGGCAAACAGAUCCCCAGACCUAUGCGACAAGAACCCGGAUCAGGCGCGCAAGCUCAAUGUCGACGCCACUCGCACUCUCGCCGAAGAAUGCCAGUCUCGCGGCGCGUUCCUCGUCUACAUCUCGACCGACUACGUCUUCCCGGGUAAAGAGGGCGACGCCCCCUACGAGGCCGAUGCAAAGACCGCACCGCCCAACCUGUACGGCGAGCUGAAGCGUGACGGUGAGGUGGCGGUUUUGGAAGUCACUCGUGAUAGCGGGUUAGGUGUCGUGUUGAGAGUCCCCGUGCUGUACGGAACCGCCAAGGAGAACUCCGAGAGCGCGGUCAACACCCUGGUGGACGCGGUCAUGAAGGCGCAGGACGAAAACGCCGGUAUUAAGAUGGAUGACUGGGCGCUACGAUACCCCACCAACACCGAGGAUGUGGCUCGCGUGUGCCGUGACAUCGUCAUCAAGUACCUGAAAGAGAAGAAGCGUCUGAAGGAGAUGCCGAAGAUCCUGCAGUUCAGCUCCGAGGAUUGCAUGACCAAGUAUGAGAUCUGUGAGAAGCUGGCUCAGGUGCUCUCAGUACCUCUGCCCGGCAUGAUUCCCAACAAGCAGGGCAACGACCCCAACGCCAGCGUGCAGCGACCCUAUGACACGCACCUGUCCACCAAGGUGCUAAAGGAACUGGGCAUUGACGUGCGGACCAUGGACUUUGUUGCCUGGUGGCGGAGAGAGCUGGGCGCAUACAGGAAGUAG